ACGGCACUAUAUUAGUCGCUAACAGUCGUCGCAUUCAGUGUGAUCGCGGCCUCGGGUAGAGAGACCACCGUUAUUUGAAUUUGCCGUGUCUGAUUAUUUCUUCUCCAUCGCUCCUUCAAAUUUCAGGGAUGCGAAAGCGGAAUAACUCCCUCACCGUGGAUCAUGACAGCUCUGCCACGAACACGAUACAGGACUCUAGUCUAAAUCUAAAAUACUGCCACAAGAAAGGACAAGACUCCGAAUCUGAAGUUUUAUUGGGUUCUGCAGAUCCCGUUUCAGAUAAAACAAUGGGGAGAUAUAGAAGGUAUGGCCUGAUGAGCAGGAUGAAGAGGAUCCUCCUGUGGGUGCUGGCAGUCUACAUCGCCAUUCCCUUCAUCGUCAAGCUCUGCCCCUCCAUUCAGGCUAAACUAGUCUUUUUAAAUUUCGUGAGGGUGCCCUACUUCAUCGACCUGAAGAGGCCGCAGGACCAGGGCCUGAACCACACCUGCAACUUCUACCUGCAGCCGGAGCAGGGGGUCAACAUCGGCGUGUGGCACACAGUUCCCACUCGGCUGUGGAGAGACGCUCAGGGGAAGGACAGGGCGUGGUACGACUCCGCCCUCCAGUCCCCCCACCCCGUCAUGCUGUACCUGCACGGCAACGCGGGCACCAGGGGAGGGGACCAUAGAGUUCAGCUUUAUAAGGUCCUUAGCACAUUAGGCUACCACGUCAUCACAUUCGACUAUAGAGGUUGGGGUGACUCAGAAGGAAGCCCCUCGGAGAGAGGCAUGACCUCAGAUGCCGUCUUCCUCUACCAUUGGCUGAAGGAGCGGAUUGGGAAGAAACCCUUGUAUAUCUGGGGCCACUCAUUGGGCACAGGAGUGGCAACAAACCUGGUCCGGCAUCUGUGCGAUAAAGGGACUCCUCCAGACGCCCUGAUCCUGGAGUCUCCCUUCACCAACAUCCGGGAGGAGGCCAAGAGUCACCCUUUCUCAAUGGUCUACAGAUUCCUGCCUGGCUUUGAUUGGUUCUUUCUGGACGCCAUAACGGCCAACGACAUCCGGUUCGCGAGCGAUGAGAAUAUGGAUCACCUCUCCUGCCCCGUCCUCAUCCUCCACGCCGAGGAUGACUCCGUCGUGCCCUUCCACCUGGGGAAGAAGCUCUACAGCAUGGCUGCUCAGUCCAAGAGUCUCAGUGGGCACAAGGUGCAGUUCAUCCCCUUCCCGGUAACCCUGGGUUACAAGCACAAGUUCAUCUACAGGAGCCCCGAGCUCCCGCAUAUACUGAGUGACUUCCUUGGCACAGCCCACCCCCAUGAAUAACCAAACACUCCAUACAUCCACACACACAAACACACACACUGCCACAAACACAUAUUCAUUCUCUCUCUGACUCUCACAGGCUGACAGACAGACACACACACUCACUCACUCACACACACACUGCCACCAACA